CCGCGCGCGCCUGCGCCUGCGCUCUGACGUCUGUCGCCAUCUUGCCCCUUCGGAGGCACCGCAAACAAACCCAAUUCCUGGUGUCCCCCUAGUCUUGGCGGAGGAGCCUUUUAGAUGAGCCCCGAAAGGCCGGGCAGGGAGGAUAAGCUCUUUGGGGCUACCAAACAGAAGCAGCAAUGCCUGUUGUGUGGCCAACCCUUUUGGAUCUCAGCAGGGAUGAAUGCAAACGGAUUCUUCGAAAAUUGGAAUUGGAGGCAUAUGCUGGAGUUAUCAGUGCACUUCGGGCACAGGGGGAUCUUACCAAGGAAAAGAAAGAUCUUCUUGGAGAACUCUCAAAAGUUCUUAGCAUCUCAACAGAACGCCACCGUGCUGAAGUUCGGAGAGCAGUAAACGAUGAACGGUUAACAACAAUUGCACAUAAAAUGAAUUUAUCCUUAUAUUUGGGUGACAGACCAAGUUACAGUAUGUCUGGACCUAAUAGCUCUUCAGAAUGGUCCAUUGAAGGUCGUCGAUUGGUACCACUGAUGCCCCGGCUAGUUCCCCAAACGGCCUUCACUGUAACAGCGAAUGCUGUGGCCAAUGCAGCCAUCCAACACAAUGCAGCCCUUCCAGUGCCUGCAGAGACCGGAAGCAAAGAAGUAGUGGUUUGCUAUUCCUACACAAGUACCACGUCAACCCCAACCUCUACCCCUGUGCCAAGUGGCAGCAUAGCAACGGUUAAGUCUCCAAGACCUGCCAGUCCUGCCUCCAAUGUAGUUGUCUUGCCAAGUGGAAGCACUGUUUAUGUCAAAAGUGUCAGCUGUUCAGAUGAAGACGAAAAGCCCCGGAAAAGAAGGCGAACAAACUCUUCCAGCUCUUCUCCCGUUGUCCUCAAGGAAGUUCCAAAAGCCGUGGUCCCCGUGUCCAAGACGAUCACUGUGCCCGUGAGCGGCAGUCCCAAGAUGAGUAACAUCAUGCAGAGCAUUGCUAACUCCUUACCACCGCACAUGUCUCCUGUGAAAAUAACCUUCACCAAGCCAUCCACGCAGACCACAAACACAAGCACGCAGAAGGUUAUUAUAGUGACCACAUCACCAAGUUCAACCUUUGUGCCCAACAUCCUCUCCAAAUCCCAUAACUAUGCAGCAGUCACUAAGCUUGUACCAACAUCCGUCAUUGCUUCCACAACUCAGAAGCCACCCGUCGUCAUAACUGCCUCCCAGUCCUCUCUGGUCAGCAGUAGCAGCAGUGGCAGCAGCAACUCUACACCUUCACCUGUCCCUAAUACAGUCGCAGUGACAGCUGUAGUAUCCUCCACACCAUCUGUGGUCAUGUCAACAGUAGCACAAGGUGUAUCUACAUCAGCAAUCAAGAUGGCAUCAACAAGGCUUCCCUCCCCCAAAAGCUUAGUGAGUGCCCCAACCCAGAUUCUUGCACAGUUUCCUAAGCAGCACCAGCAGUCUCCUAAGCAGCAGGUACAGCAAGUGCAACAGCAGACGCCGCAGCCGGGAGCCCAGCCUCCCGCAGUGGCGCAGCAACAGCCGCCGCCGCAGCCCCAGCCGCCGCAGCCCCAGCAGCCGCCUUUGCCUCCUGGUAUCAAACCUACCAUCCAGAUCAAACAGGAGUCAGGUGUUAAAAUCAUCACACAACAGGUUCAACCAAGUAAAAUUUUACCCAAACCAGUGACUGCAACUCUACCCACCAGUAGCAAUUCCCCUAUUAUGGUGGUUAGCAGUAAUGGUGCAAUUAUGACAACGAAACUGGUAACUACUCCUACUGGCACACAGGCAACCUAUACCCGGCCAACAGUGAGCCCAUCCUUAGGUCGGAUGGCUGCAACCCCUGGAGCUGCAACCUAUGUGAAAACUACCAGUGGCAGCAUCAUUACAGUGGUACCCAAAUCAUUGGCUACCUUGGGGGGCAAGAUAAUUAGCAGUAAUAUAGUUUCUGGAACAACUACCAAAAUCACUACAAUCCCUAUGACUUCCAAGCCCAAUGUGAUUGUUGUGCAAAAGACUACAGGAAAAGGAACGACCAUUCAAGGCCUCCCUGGCAAAAACGUCGUCACAACAUUGCUAAAUGCUGGCGGAGAAAAGACUCUUCAGACAGUGCCAACGGGCGCGAAGCCAGCUAUCAUCACUGCUACACGACCCAUCACCAAAAUGAUUGUGACUCAGCCAAAAGGAAUAGGCUCCACAGUUCAACCAGCAGCUAAAAUCAUCCCGACAAAAAUAGUAUAUGGGCAGCAAGGGAAGACACAGGUUCUUAUUAAACCCAAACCAGUGACAUUUCAAGCCACCGUUGUUAGUGAACAAACGAGGCAGCUGGUAACAGAAACAUUGCAGCAAGCAUCCAGGGUAGCAGAGGCUGGUCAUACGUCCAUUCAGGAAGGAAAAGAAGAACCCCAGAGUUACGCAGAUAGUAGUUCCUCUUCUACGGAGUCCUCGCAAGGGUCCCAAGAUUCCCAGCCUGUAGUUCACGUUAUUGCUUCCCGGCGUCAGGACUGGUCAGAGCAUGAGCUUGCAGUGGAGACCAGCCCCACCGUGAUAUAUCAGGACGUAUCCAGUGAGUCACAGUCAGCUACCUCAACAAUCAAGGCUCUCCUAGAACUCCAGCAGACGACAGUAAAGGAAAAAUUGGAAUCUAAACCAAGACAACCCACCAUUGACUUGAGUCAAAUGGCAGUGCCUAUUCAGAUGACCCAGGAAAAGAGACAUUCUCCUGAGAGUCCAUCCAUUGCUGUGGUAGAGUCAGAACUGGUUGCUGAAUACAUCACUACUGAGCGCACUGAUGAGGGAACGGAGGUUGCUUUUCCCCUUCUAGUCAGUCACCGUUCACAGCCCCAGCAGCCCUCCCAGACCCAGCGGACCUUGCUCCAGCAUGUGGCCCAGUCCCAGACUGCAACACAGACUUCAGUGGUCGUGAAGUCCAUCCCAGCUUCUUCCCCAGGAGCAAUCACCCACAUAAUGCAGCAGGCAUUAAGCAGUCACACUGCCUUUACCAAACACAGCGAGGAACUUGGAGCUGAGGAGGGCGAGGUUGAAGAGAUGGAUACCUUAGACCCGCAGACAGGUCUGUUCUACCGAUCUGCCCUGACUCAGUCACAGUCAGCCAAGCAGCAGAAGCUUAGCCAGCCCCAGCUGGAACAGACUCAGCUGCAAGUGAAAGCUCUGCAGUGCUUCCAGACUAAACAGAAGCAGACCAUCCACCUGCAGGCAGACCAGCUCCCGCACAAGCUUCCGCAGAUGCCCCAGCUUUCCAUCAGGCACCCCAAGCUCACCCCUCUCCAGCAAGAACAAGCACAGCCCAAGGCAGAUGUACAGCACACACAGCAUCCCAUGGUGGCCAAAGACAGGCAGCUUCCUCCCUUAAUGGCACAGCCCCCUCAGACCGUAGUGCAAGUGCUCGCGGUGAAAACCACGCAGCAGCUCCCUAAACUGCAGCAGGCUCCAAACCAGCCAAAAAUCUACGUGCAACCCCAAGCUCCCCAAAGCCAAAUGUCGCUCCCCACCUCGUCAGAGAAACAGCCGGCAAGCCAGGUGGAGCAGCCAAUUAUAACCCAAGGAUCCUCUGUUACAAAGAUAACAUUUGAGGGGCGCCAGCCUCCCACAGUUACAAAGAUAACUGGUGUCAGUUCUGUGCCUAAGCUGACAUCACCAGUUACAAGCAUAUCUCCCAUUCAGGCCUCUGAGAAGACAGCAGUAUCAGACAUUUUGAAAAUGUCUUUGAUGGAAGCUCAGAUUGAUACAAAUGUAGAACAUAUGGUAGUGGAUCCCCCACAGAAGGCUCUUGCCACUAGUAUGCUCACUGCUGAAGCAGGAUCUGUACCCUCCACUCACAUGGUGGUGGCAGGGAUGGCGAACUCCACUCCCCAGCAACAGAAGUGUAGAGAGUCCUGUUCAAGUCCGUCUGCCGUCGGCCCUCCCCUAACGACCAGGAAAAUCGAAGCACCAGGAGUGCCUGCAACAGGCCAGUUCAUGCGCAUUCAGAGUGUAGGCCAAAAGAAAGCUGAAGGAAGUCCCACAGAAAUCAUCAUCCAGGCCAUUCCGCAGUAUGCUAUUCCUUGUCACUCCAGCUCCAACGUGGUUGUGGAGCCCAGUGGGCUUCUUGAGCUCAACAACUUUACCAGCCAGCAGCUGGAUGACGACGAGACGGCCAUGGAGCAAGACGUGGACAGCGGCGCCGAGGAGGGGACGGAGCCCAGCCCCCCGCCCAGCUCUGCGGACCGGCCCUAGCGUUCGGGCGCAGGGGCGCACUUUAAAACCGGCUUGGUUAUUACCAAGCGUCCAGGGAAACUCUUGUAUUUUGUUAUCUUAAACAAAAAAAAAAAAAAAAAGAAGAAGCACUUUGCUCAAAUGUAGUAGGCUGUGGACCUUGAAACAACAGUGUUUCAACAAGAUGUUGCUGCAGGAGCCACAUUUUUAACAUGACAAAAUUCACAGGGGAAUGUACUUUUAUAUGUGUGUGUGUGUGUAUGUGUGUGUGUAUAUAUAUAUAUGUAUAUAUAUAGAUAUAUAUAUAAAGGAACAGAUGCACAUCUACAGAGACUGAAGACCUGAUGCUCUUUCUCUGUUGAACCGUGGUCGAUGGAAAAGCUUUGUCGUGAAGUGGAAAGAGACUUGCUGUGAAUGUUUUUCAGCUGAUUUCCACUGAGCAAGAUGCCGUCAGGAAAUACUAUUUAAAAAGAAAAAAACAGAAUGUAAAUAGUUUGUAUUUUGAAAUGAUGUAUGAAGAAGUUUUAAAAAAAAAUCUCGUUAUGGUUUUGCAUAUCUCGGAAGUAUCAAUUUGGUUAACAUUUUACACUUGCUUAGUUCAUGAUUGGUUUAUAAAUAUUUGAGGAAAUCUUGGCAUUAAAGAAUCCUUGCUGGAUAUGAGCAAUCAGACCCCCGACCAGUGGGAAGUGCGCUAGGGUGGCUUGCACAUGCUCCUCGGUCAUAUGCUAAUUUAUUGUGCUGUUCUGCACACCUACCUAUUUAUUUAAUGUAAACAUUUCAGAACAGGCCAGAUGCCUUCCGUACAUUUCUUGUAAACCAAGAUUGCCUGCCCUUUCCGCCUCUUUUCCUCCCUGACUCCCCCUUUAAGAAAACUUGCUAGAAGAUGUUUCAUUGGGAAGCAAAGGCAAAGAAACAUUUUCUGGCCCACAGGACGUACUAAGUUAUGUUAAGGAAAAUGAAUUGUUCACUCAGUUGAUGUGUCCUUAAUGUUGAAAUUGCACAUUCAUGUUGGACUGAGACUUUGAAAGUACCUUUUACAUACUUUUGUUUAAGCCCCUUUGAAAUGUACAAAACGUUCAUUUAUGGUCCUAAAUGUAAUGUUUUUAAGUAUUCUGCUUUAUUAGGGCACAGUCUGUGUAAGUGACAUGUUUCGGUCUUGUGAUUGGUGUCUUAUCACAAGUAGGUAAGAGUGGGGGAGGGUAAGAGUCGGUUUUGACACACUGUGGCAAAGGAAACUGUACUUUUCUUUUUUAAAAAAUGUAAAUAGAAAAGUUUUUAAACGGUUUUAUAUGGAUUUCACUAUAAAUGAGCAUUUUCAGACUGACAGAUGUUGGACUGUAUGUACACAUAUCAGAAUAACUGCCCAGUUUCUUGGUGCUGAGGUACUGUUAGCCGAGUUCUUCAGCAGUCUCCUGAUUUUGCACCGGUAUCUGGGGGAAAGAAGCUGUGAUAACUGUACUUAAUAAACUCACAUGCCGUGACACUCGGCUUGCACCACGGCCAUUCCUGACACGCACUGGCUCCUCCUCAUGGUUGUCAGUAUUUCUGUGAGGUGAUAACGACUGACCCAUAGAUGGAGCUGUUGGAUAUCAUUUGGUUGUACAAAUUCAUUUUUAAAACUUUGUGACUGUUUCUAGCUAUGUAAUUUUUUAACCUCUCUUGGGUCAUGGACUUCUAAACAAUGAACUCGCUCACCAAAAAGACACACAUGCCAAUACACAUGUUCGAUUUUGCGUACAACUGUAGGGGCUUGUGAGCCCCUAAACCUAUCCAUGUAUUCCAGGUUAAGCCCUCUGUUACAGUCAGUCUCUUACUUACGUAUGUAAGUUUUUAUAAAAUAAAGUAUCUUUUAAAUAUUAA